AGCUUUUAGUGUUGGACAGAGUGCAAUUUCAGCACUAGAGUUACGUGAAUCUUUUAUUUAUAAAAAAAAAUUCGGCAAAAUGUCUCGCGCUCUCAGUCCCUUGAUUAGGAGAUGCUACAGUCAAAUACAAGGUGGGUCUGUUGGCAAGAAACCAAAAGUAAGCAGCGGACCAGGAGCCAGUGAAUCCUCCUCCAUUCCUUCAGUGACUGGAUUAAGCAGCAAUUGCGUUAAAUCUGCAACGUCUCCUGUGGGUCCUGGAGCCUCUGCCACCAGCGGGUACAAGGUGCCUGAAUAUUUCAGCUUUAAUCGAUUCAGCUACGCCGAAGCGGAGGUGGAAAUGGCCAAAUACCGUUGCCCACAGCCAUCAGCAUUGAAAAAGUGAAAAUUUCUCUAAGCAAAUUGUUAUAAAAAUGUAUAAAUAAAGUCAAAUAUGUAUAGCAAUUAA